AUGUUAAUUGGUUGCAGUGAUAGUCGUGUACCUCCUGAUCAAUUGACCAAGACCCAACCAGGUCAAAUUUUCAUUCACAGAAAUGUUGCCAACUUGGUUGUCAAUACUGAUGUUAAUGCCAUGUCAGUUUUACAAUAUGCUGUUGAAGUUUUGCAAGUUAAACACGUCAUUGUUAUGGGCCACACUCGUUGUGGUGGUGUUAUGGCUGCUUUGACAAAUAAGCAUUUGGGUUUAAUUGACCACUGGUUGAGAAAUAUUAAGGAUGUUUAUCGUCUCCACAAGGCAGAAGUUGAUGCCAUUGAGGAUAAGGAUAAAAAGAUCCACCGUAUGAUUGAACUCAAUAUUAUUGAACAAACUCUCAAUCUCUGUAAGACUAGUGUUGUACAAAAUGCUUGGGCCAAGGGAAGAACAUUACACGUCCAUGGUUGGUUGUGUGAUAUUGAAACUGGUCUCAUUAAGGACUUGGAAAUUGAAGAAAAGCGUUGGAAGGAAAUUGAAAGCAUUUACAAAUACGAUUUUGAACUCUAA